AUGGCCAUCGACGAUGUCCUUCCCCCUAUGCCCCAAUUUGCGGGCAGCAUUGCUGGCAAGCCUGAAAUCCCCCCUUGGGAUAAGCCUGACCCAACCAAAGAGCACCUUGAUUGGGCAGAACUGCGCACGCUCGACCUGUCUCUCCUCGACGGCGACCCCAACCAGCAGGCGGAGCUUGUCGAGACGACACGCCUUUCCAUCCAGAAAGACGGAUUCCUGUUCUACAUAUUCUUUCAUGGCGGUAUCAGCGAAGAAGAGAAGGAGGAAUUCAUGUGGGAUCUCUCCAAAGGCACAUUUAGGGGGUAUAAGCCCCAAGUAGGAUGGGGCGAGAGAGAGGGCCAACGCGAUCAGAUCGAGCAUUUCAAUUGGUACCAGUUACACUUCGACGAGUUGCCCGAAUCCGUCCCCUCCAACAUGCCACCUUUCUUGGACGAGAUCCAGGGCUUUGCCGAACACAUGGCCAACCAAGUUAAUCGCCGCUUGCUAGUGCUGUUGUCGCGCAUUCUCGGCAUGCCCGAUAAGUUUCUCUGGGAAAAGGUUUCGGCGCGGGGAUCAGCAGGCGAUAGUCUUCGAGGAACAUCGUAUCAUAGCCACAUGGGGUACCACAAUCAACCGGUCAGUUGCCUUCAGAUGUUGAAUGCUGAAAAUGAGUGGCGCUGGGUAGGCUAUGAGCCUGGUAGACUACUCGUGAAUCUGGACGAUGCGCUAGAUGUCAUCUCGAGUGACCAGUUCAAGGUCACCAGACACAAAGAUCUUUGUUUAGUUCCUAAGCCUCCACGGGAUCAAAUGAACUCAAAUCGUAUUGGUCUCAUCAUCUUCAACAAUGCGCGGCCAGACAUGCGUAUGGACCCAAUGAUGGACACCCCGCUGCUCAGACAAAGAGGUCUGAACAAUAACUCGGACGUUUUUGGUGCUCUUAGUCGGCGUAUCGACGAGGGUCUUGAAGCCCCAACGUAUCAAGAGUGGAAGACUGUCCGAUCGCAGGGUGCGCAGGCGAAACCGGAGAAGACCGUUGACAUUGACGGCGUCAAGUAUAAGGAGCAGAUGUUCAAUGGGACUAAGCUUCUCAUGGUUGUUUAG